AAGUUCAAACUCACGCGCUCUCCACUUCCUCUCUUCAACUUGCUUCUUUGUCUUCUCUCUCUCUCCUCCUUCGCACUCACAAAUCUACAGAAGAAGAAGAUAGACUCAUAAUCUUUUGGAUUUGGAUUUAGAUCUGAUCUUAAAGCAGGUUAAAGUAUCAUUCAUGGAUCGUUAUUCGAGGAGGAAUUUAGAGGAUCUUGUUGUGCCUAACUAUCAAGAGACAUCAGAUUCAUACCCUUCUCCUGAUAUGUGGGGUACUGGAUGGAGCAUGAACUCCUCAGAAGCUGCUGAGAAAUGUUUUGAUUAUGAUGUCAUUCACAAUGGUUUCAGUGGAGGAUUAUACAGUCAGAUGCAGAUGGAGAUGGGAACUAGUGAACAAGUAGAAGAAGAAACUAAGAGGUUAAAGGCUAGUGGUUGUUUUGACCGUUCGCUUCAUGAUUUUGAUGAAAUCCAACAGAUGGAUGACAUGUUCUUAAGUUCCAUUUUAGAGGAUGUUCCAGGGAAUGAGAAUUUUCUUUCUUUCAAGGAGUCGGAUAAUAACAACAACAGCACCGGUUCUUCCUCUGCAACUGAUGGCAGGGAAGUCCCUAUGUUCCAUUACGACUGGGAAACUUGUCAAGACAUGCCACUUAUGGAGGAUGACGCACCUAUGAAUCUGUGUGAGGAGAACAUGGAGGAGGCAUCUGCUGAAGAAGUGGUGUUGCAGGAUCUACAAAGGGCUACAGAAAUGUUGACUGAUGAUGCCCGCAAAUGCUUCCGCGAUACCUUUUACCGGCUUGCAAAGAGCUCACAACAAAAGUCAGACUCCAACUCAGACGAGUUCCUUGAGGAUAGAACCAGUAGGGAAACUGAAUUGGAAACCAACUCAAUCGACAGAGCCGUCGCCAAUCUCACAUUCAACAAGAUGGAAUCCAACAUGAGAAAUAUGCCUCCACCAAAGAGACUUUCUUCUGUUCAAGGAUAAGAGAGUUUCGAAAACAAUCCUCAGCAUCUUUGCUUUAGUUUUGAUCUGUUUCGUUAGAGUCUGACUCUGCUUCUGGAUUUCAAUUUCUUAUGCCAUGUGUUACUAUUUGCUUAGUGAAACCUGUGAAAGUACAUUACCCCAUGUAGAAUCUGUUGUUACAAUGUAUCAAAAGAGAUUCUGUAUAGCUUUUGUUAAUUUAUGAUAUAAGAGGAGACACAGAAACAUAUCUAAGUGGGAAACAACCUUGGGAAACAGCAAAGCAGAGGAAUUAGUCUUAUACCAGCAAACAUAAACAUCAAAUACCAAA